UUUAAAUACCAACAAACCCCAUUUCCCAAUUUUCUUCAAAAUUCCCUCAUCUAAUCUCAUCUCAUCUUCUUCCCACCAAACCAAAAAAAAAAAAAGAGAGAAAAUUCUUUGGUUUGUUUUGUAAACUCCAACACUCAAAUUCCAAAUCCCACCUUUUCAGUUGUUCAUAAUAAUAUUAUUGUACCAAAUUAAUGACGAUGAAGAAGAGGGUUUCAUGGAGGUCAUUUCUGCCACCAAUCUGCGGCGGUGAGUUGCCGGCAAAGGCGACGAAGAAGGUGGCGGCGAAACAGAGUUCUUUCACUAGAAUUUCUCAGCUUGAUCUAAGCAAUCCCAAUUCUCUUCUUUCUGAAGAUCUUUCCAUAUCUUUGGCUGGCUCUAACAUUCAUAUGUUCACUUUGGGAGAGAUUAAGGUCAUGACACAAACUUUCUCCACCGGUAGUUUCAUCGGAGAAGGUGGGUUCGGACCCGUGUAUAAAGGAUUCAUCGAUGAUAAGCUCCGUCCCGGCCUCAAGGCUCAGCCUGUCGCCGUCAAGCUCUUGGACUUGGAUGGCACUCAGGGCCACCGCGAGUGGUUGACGGAAGUGAUAUUUUUGGGACAACUACGAGAUCCUCAUUUGGUGAAAUUGAUUGGAUAUUGCUGUGAAGACGAACAUAGGGUGUUGGUUUAUGAGUACAUGCCAAGAGGAAGCUUAGAGAACCAACUCUUUCGAAGAUUUUCAGUGUCAUUAUCAUGGUCAACAAGAAUGAAAAUAGCUUUAGGAGCAGCCAAGGGAUUAGCCUUUCUUCAUGGAGCUGAAAAACCAGUGAUUUAUAGAGAUUUCAAAGCUUCUAACAUUUUGUUAGAUUCUGAUUACAAUGCAAAGCUUUCAGAUUUUGGUUUGGCUAAAGAUGGACCUGAUGGAGAUGAUACACAUGUCUCCACCCGAGUCAUGGGUACGGAAGGCUACGCUGCUCCCGAAUAUAUUAUGACUGGUCAUUUGACGGCAAUGAGUGAUGUGUACAGUUUCGGAGUAGUACUUUUGGAGUUGUUGACUGGACGACGAUCGCUCGAGAAGAGUCGACCGCACCGUGAACAAAAUUUGGUCGAGUAUGCUCGUCCGAUGUUGAUGGACAACCGAAAGCUUUCUCGGAUCAUGGACACGAGACUGGAAGGGCAAUACUCAGAGACCGGAGCAAGAAAAGCGGCAACAUUGGCGUACCAAUGUCUGAGCCACCGCCCAAAGCAGAGGCCAACGAUGAACGAAGUGGUGAAAAUCUUGGAGCCACUUAAGGACUACCAAGACAUGCCCAUUGGAACCUUUGUUUUCGAGAUGCCGGAUUCUUCUCCGGUAUCAUCAAACGGCCAUCACAGACAAAAUCACGGACACCGACGUUCUAGAUCGCCGAAUUCACCAUUGACGGAAAAUGGGGCGAGCAAUGGCAACCGACGACCGACAAGCGGCGGCCGGAGACCAUAGGGCCGUUAGAUUUGGUAUAGAGUCCUUGUAAAUUAUCAAAUAUGUAGAUAGAAAUUCAUUGGACAUACUUGCAAGUUGCCAUAGAAGGUGUGGGUAAUUUCAAUUAUCAUUAUUUUUUUUUUCUUUAAAUGAUUUUGAUUUUCUUUUUCUUUUUCUUUUUAUAUUAUAUAUACACACACAAAAAUAUUUGAUA